AUGGUUCCAUUUCCUCAGCUACGUGAGACGGAUGAACAGCUGUCUCGCUCUGGUCGCCUCAUGAACAUAAUGGUGACCCGUGCUCUGCAGCAGCGUGCUGUGCUGGCUGCUGUGCUGCUCGUGCUGGCCCUACUAGCAGCACUAGGGGCAUACCGUGCUGAUGUGAAGAGUGAGCGGUUGGUUCAUUCCCUGGUAUAUUGGCUGUAUAUAACAUGCAGCAAGAUCCUGCCUUCAGGUCUCCGAGUCUGGUUUGUGCUCCGAUGUGUGUGGGCCUUUCUCUACUACAAGUAUGAGAACCUGUGUUGCUAA